AUGCAUACUAAUCCGCGCACCCGCCCCACGCUGCAGCGCCAGCCUCUCGCUCGCAUCUGCGCACGACGAAUAACUGCAAUGAUGUCCAUAAUUGCAAAUCUUGGAAUUGUUCUUCAAAUAUCAACUUUCCUUCACACGCAGACCUUUGUUCUUGGAAGGCAAGCCAAUUUUUCAAAACCACUAAUAUUGGGAACCAUUGUAGUGAGCAUAUUCUCUGUUGUAAUAGCAUUAUUCAAGGAUGUACCAGAUAUUGAAGGAGAUAAAAAAUUUGGCAUUCGCUCAUUAGCUGCUAGUCUAGGUCCAAAAAAGGUGCUUUGGAUUUGCAUUUGUCUGUUAGAGAUGGUUUAUAUUUUUGCAAUUGUUUUUGGAGCCACUUCUUCUCGUCCAUGGAGCAAGCUCAUAAAUAUAUCGAGCCAUUCAGCUCUUGGCUUAAUCCUUUGGAAGCAAAGCGGGUCUAUCGAUUUGAAGGAUAAAUUUUCUCUGCAAUCCUUCUACAUGCUUAUUUGGAAGUUGUUAUAUGCUGAAUACAUGCUUCUUCCACUUGUGAGAUGAAAUGAAGCUUGUUGACUACUUGAGACCAAUUAUGACUUCAUUUGGGACAGCUUUCUAAACCAACUUUUUAAUAUCUCCAUAUUAAAUAUUGACUCAAGAUAUUGAACUUCUUGAUGAUGUUGGAAAUCUUCAUUUUCUCUACCUUCUCCAAAAUUCCAACCUAAA